UUCCCAGGAGCAGGGGAAGCAUGCAAUUUGGACUCAACUGAGCGACCAAAGUGGAGAGUGGAGCUUGCCCGGCCAGGAGAGCACCAUGGACGGCGAACCACGGGGCAGGAGCAGCAAGUCCCUAAGGCCAGGGGACCUUCCUGACACCCGGCUCCUUUCGAACUCGUGGAUGGGGGAUAUUGUGUCUGAUUGGUCUCCUGUGCAUGAAGCGGCCAUCCACGGACGUCUUCUCUCUCUGAGGAACCUCAUCAGCCAGGGCUGGCCCGUGAACCUCAUCACGGCCGAUCGCGUGUCCCCACUCCAUGAGGCCUGUCUCGGAGGUCAUCCCUCUUGUGCAAACGUUUUAUUAAAGCAUGGAGCUCAGGUGAAUGGGGUCACUACAGACUGGCACACCCCGUUGUUUAACGCAUGUGUCAGUGGCAGCCGGGACUGUGUGAGUUUGCUUCUGCAACAUGGGGCCAGCCCCCAUGCUGUGAGCGAUCUGGCGUCCCCCAUCCACGAAGCGGCUAAGAGAGGCCAUGCAGCGUGUGUGGAGACCCUGGCGGCCCACGGGGGCGACGUGGACCAUAACAUCAACCACCUGGGCACGCCGCUGUAUUUGGCUUGUGAAAACCAGCAGAUAGCCUGUGCCAGGAAGCUUCUGGAGUCAGGAGCCAGUGUGAACCAAGGCCGAGGUCUGGACUCCCCCCUCCAUGCAGUGGCCAGGGUGUCCAGUGGCGAGCUGGCGCUGCUGCUCAUGGACUUCGGAGCGGACACCCGGGCCAAGAACGCCGAAGGCAAACGCCCCUUGGAGUUGGUGCCCCCUGAGAGCCCUCUGACGCGGCUCUUCCUGCAGCGAGAAGGACCCCCCUCUUUGCUGCAGCUCUGUCGCCUUAGAAUCCGCAAGUGCUUCAGGACCCAGCAGCAUCACAAGAUCGAGGGACUCAUCCUUCCUGAGGAGCUGAAACGUUUUCUCCUUCAUAUGUAAACGUGUCAAGGGAUCAGAGUCACAAAAAACCCACCAAGAUUCCGGAGUGUUGCGGCCACUGGCGUUUUGGAAUAAAAUCAGGUUUAUAGAGCUUG